AUGAGCUCCUUUCGCCGAGAUAAAAAAGAAGAGGAAGAUGGAGGUGCAAAUAUUUUUCAAAAUCUCAAUAAAACCACUUUGCUACAAGAAGCUCGUUAUUUUAACUCUACUCCGGUAAAUCCAAGAAAAUGCAUCCACAUAUUGACUAAAAUUUUAUAUUUACUUAACCAAGGAGAAAAACUAACAACUCAGGAAGCUACUGAUAUGUUCUUCGCAACAACGAAAUUAUUUCAAUCUAAGGAUGUCGUAUUGCGUCGGUUGGUUUAUUUAUGUAUUAAGGAGUUAAGCUCUAUGGCACAGGAUGUAAUUAUCGUCACAUCGUCACUUACCAAAGAUAUGACGGGGAAAGAAGAUUUAUAUCGAGCUGCAGCAAUUCGGGCACUGUGUAGUAUAACUGACAGUACCAUGUUACAAGCAAUUGAGCGCUAUAUGAAACAAGCUAUUGUGGAUAAAAAUCCUGCCGUCAGCUCAGCAGCGCUUGUUUCUGCUCUUCACUUAUCAGCUUCUGUUCCGGACUUGGUCCGAAGAUGGGUUAAUGAUGCUCAGGAAGCUAUUAUGUCGGAUAAUGUGAUGGUAUCCUAUCAUGCCUUGGCUGUUGUUGCUGGAGCCAGAAAAAAUGAUCGUCUGUCAACUGUGAAACUUGUUACAAAACUAGCACGUUCUCCAAUGCGAUCCCCAUACGCCCUAUGUCUGCUUGUGCGACAUGCUGCAAAGCUAGCUGAAGAAGAUCAAAGUGAUGCAUCAGAACCAUAUUUGGAAUUCAUUGAGUCUUGUCUUCGGCACAAAUCCGAAAUAGUUGUAUAUGAAGCCGCAUAUGCUAUUGUUAACUUGAGGAAAUCUGCUCGAGAUUUAGCGCAAGCUGUGAGUGUGUUACAAAUUUUCUGCGGUUCAUCUAAAGCUACUUUGAGAUUAGCUGGCGCGCGAACGUUGGCAAAGCUUACAGCGAAACAUCCCAAUGCUGUUGCUGCCUGUGCAGUGGACUUAGAAAACUUGAUAGCGGAUCCAAAUCGUUCAGUUGCUACCUUGGCAGUUACUACACUUCUUGCCACGGGAGCUGAGAGCUCAAUUGAUCGACUAAUGAAACAAAUAUCGGGUUUUAUGUCAGAAAUUUCAGAUGAAUUCAAAAUUGUAGUUGUUCGAGCUAUUAGGAGACUUUGUUCGAAGUACCCACGAAAACAUCAGUCCUUAGCAGCAUUUUUAGCUGGAAUGCUACGGGAUGAAGGUGGAGUGCUAUAUAAAACAGCUAUUGCAGACACCAUUAUUGCUUUAGUGGAAGAAAAUCCUGAUGCUAAAGAAACAGGCCUGGCACAUCUCUGCGAAUUUAUUGAAGAUUGUGAACAUACAUCUUUGGCCGUUAGAAUUUUAUAUAUUUUGGGACGCGAAGGUCCAAAAGCUCGGCAGCCAUCAAGAUACAUUCGGUAUAUUUAUAACCGUGUCAUCUUAGAGUCAGGACCUGUUCGCGCUGCUGCGGUGUCUGCAGUUGCACGGUUCGGAGCUGCCCGAGAAGAACUCCUGCCUAAUAUAAGAGUACUUUUGGCUCGAUGUCAAUUAGAUGAUGACGAUGAAGUUCGUGAUCGGGCAAUAUUUUACAGUGCCAUUUUGGAUACUAAUGACCGACAGUUAAUCGAUGAAUAUAUAAUAAAUGUACCGGUACCAAACCCGGUCCUUUUAGAAAAAGCUCUACACGAUCAUAUUAAUUUACAACCCGAUGAGCUUUUUAACAUUGCAAGUGUACCAACAGCAGAAGAACAACAAGAGCCUGAAGAAGCACCAGCCCAAGUUGAAGUACGUAAGCAACCUGUUGUGUCUCGCGAAGAAAUGUACUCAGACCAGCUAAACGUCAUUCCUGGAAUAGAAAAACUAGGUCCUAUAUUCAAGACAUGUGAAAGUAUAGACUUAACAGAGCCAGAGACAGAGUAUCGCGUCCGUUGCGUAAAACAUAUAUUCUCAAAAUAUUUAGUUUUACAGUUUGAAUGUUUAAACACACUAAGUGAUCAACUUCUGGAGAAAGUACACAUCCGCCUCGAUGUUGCUCCUGGUUACAAAAUCCUUGGAGAAGUUCCGUGUGAGCAACUGCCAUAUGACAAACAGGGAAGUGUUUUUUGUGUUUUAGAGUUUCCAGUAAACCCAAUUGAAACUUUAGGCACUUUUGCCGCGACGUUAGAGUUUGUUGUACGAGAUUGCGAUCCAACUACAGGAUUGCCGGACUCUGGAGAAGGCUACGCGGAUACAUAUCUAUUAGAGGAGGUAGAGAUAGGUUGCGCUGAGCAAUUUAGAACUCGAGCAGCUUCCGACGAUUGGGAAGCUUCUUGGGAAAGAGCUUCCACAGCUGCAGAAGUAUGUGACACGUUCGGAUUGUCUCAAUCUGAUGUAAAUGAAGCCGCGACGGCAGUUUGUACCCACCUAGGAUUACCGAAGUCAGCUAUUGGAGGAGAAGCAGUGAAAGAAAUUCGGGGCGGUGGGCUUUGGCGUGAAGGAACCCCAAUGCUGGUGCGAGCUCGCCUUGUGGCAGCCCAAGGCUCUGUUACUAUGCAAUUAGCGGUACGCUCUCCAAGAGAAGACAUUGCCACGUUAUUAUUGGCUGCUGUUGGU